CCUAUUGAGCUUGCAAAAAAUACGUGAAUUGAGUGCUCCGAAAUAUCUUGAAAAGUGUUUGAAAAUCACAUACAAAAAUUCUCACACUGGAUAGCUACAAGUAGAUACUUACGGCAGCUGGGGUUCCAACGGUAAUUUGAGGUAAAUUCGAUUGAUUAGUGGUCUAUAUUCUCACAUAAACUGACUGCCAAAGUCAUAAUAUGAGGAAUUCUAUUGUCAACGUUUGCGGCGAAAUCUACUGACCAUAGAAAGGCUCUUGCGUAUAGCGUAUCGUACACUGUCAACGCUUUGAUAGCUGGUGCUAUCGUGCUCUGUUAUUGCCAUAUCAUUUCUCCCUUCAUUCUACACAAUAAGCUGCUCUAGUCACCACAGGAGCAUGUCGGAAGAAUACGAUAAAAUUAUUUGUUUCGUCUGCGAAAAAACGGAGGAGAACUCGGAAAGAACCAUCGAAUGUGUGCAGUGUGCCAAAUCGGUGCACUUUCGCUGUAAAAACUUGCGUGGAAAUGCCGUUAUAAAGGCAAGGAAACGACCGUUCUACUGUUCCAUCGAGUGUGCCGAUAUGUUCGCGCGAAGUCAAGAUCCAAACGGAUUCGAUCACAUCAUCACCGAGAUAAAACUGCUUGCACAGUCUGUGCGGGAGUCUAAACAGGAAUCGGCGCAUUUGAGACUUGCCUUCGAACAGACCACCCAGAAAAUCGAUUCGUUGGUACAGACGACCAAAGGGAUUGAGGAGUCGCAGGAAUUUCUUUCGAAGCAGUUUGAUGCCCUGCAGCAGGAUUUCAACGGUUUUAAAAAACAAGUAUGUGGAUUGCAGAGGGAAAACGAGAGAAUACGAACCGAAGUCGCGGAACUGAAAUACAGUCAAGGAGCUACAUCUUCAAGAUUGGACCAGCUGGAAAUGGAGAUGGAUAAGGUGAACCGUGGAGUUGUAGCUAACAAUGCAAUCAUACUGGGUAUUCCUGUACAAGAAGACGAGAACGUGAAGACACUGGUGAUAAAACUAGGAAGCGUAGUUGGUUGUGCUCUUGAAGAAAAUAACAUAAUAAGUGCCCAUCGUCUUUUUGGGAAGAACCGUUCCAAUCAGAGCGCUCCAAUCUUAGUAUCGUUUAGUUCAGCAGCAAUCAAGGAACAACUUUUCGGGAAGAAGCGAACCCAUGGCCCCCUAAAUGCAGCGAAGCUGUCCGAUUCUUUCCAUGCAUCUUCCAAUCGGGUGGUAAUUAGGGACGAAUUAACAUCAUUUGGAAGAGAAUUGUAUCGCGAAGCGAAAGAAUUGCAGUCAACUGUGGGAUUCAAAUACGUGUGGCCGGGAAGAAAUGGGAAGAUACUAGUCAAGCGGCAGGAUGGAUCAAGGAUUGAAGAGAUAAGCUGUAAGAAGCAGGUUGAAGAUAUGAUGAAAAUGUCGGCGAAGCGUUCCCUAAAUUCUUCUUCCGGUUUGAUGUCAACGUCUUCUUCUCCCAGAUUGGAACCGGCAUCGAAGCGCCUUCAGAUAUGAUGCAAUUAAAGUGUCGAUUCUCAACUGUCCGCAGUUAACUAAUUUGUAAUGAUCAAUACUUAUACGAGAAAUAAUCACUUUUACUAUACAAUUGCUGACCUAAACAAAAAUGUAAAUCUAAAUAACAGUAAUAAAAAUCUUAAAAUUUUGCAAAUAAAUGUCAGGGGGAUGAAUUGUAUUACAAAAUUUGAUAGAAUUAAGGAGAUCCUUUCUUUGUACGCCGGA